ACUUUAAACUUUUUUUUUCAUUAAUUAACCUUAAUGUUGUAAGAGACUGUAAUGCGGCGACCAGCUACAGACAGACCCCAAACAGGAACGCGAAACAUCAGCAGUAGCUCACAGACUAACCAGUGCAUCAGCUGAAGAGGGUUAGCAUAUUGGAUCAAUAUACACUUUGGAAAGCCGUUCUCAGAUGAGUAUACUUAAGUAUCUGGGGGCACGCGCGAAUCGGCUCUAUGCUGCCAGAAGCUACCAUAAAGUGCUGGGUUUUUCCUCUCUUCACACAGCUCCAGACUCCUCUGUUGAACUUCACACUCAAGAUGAGGAAGUAGUGAUUGCUUUGGGAAGUAACGUAGGUGAUAGACUACAUAACUUCAAGGAAGCUUUGACAUUGAUGAGGAAGUCAGGCAUACACAUCACAAGACAUGCGAGUCUGUAUGAGACAGCACCAGCGUAUGUUACUGACCAACCUCGCUUCCUCAACUCUGCAGUAAGAGCUGUUACUAAACUUGGGCCACAUGCAUUAUUGUCUGUACUCAAAGGAAUCGAGAAGGACUUGGGCCGUACUGACGGCAUAAGGUAUGGUCCAAGGCCAAUUGACUUAGACAUUUUAUUCUACGGUAAAUUUAGAGUCAGAUCAGAUAUUCUCACAGUACCACAUGAAAGAAUUUGGGAAAGGCCGUUUGUUAUGGCCCCUUUGAUGGAUUUACUGGGAACAGCUAUUGACAAUGAUACAGUUGCUACCUGGCAUUCAUUUUCAGGCCAUUCUGGUGGACUAGCUUCAUUAUGGGAAAAAUUAGGUGGUGAAUCUCUUAUUGGAGAGGAAGGUAUGUGUAGGGUAAUGCCUGUUGCAAAUGGCUUGCUUGAUUGGUCACAAAGAACAUUGGUCAUGGGGAUCCUUAAUUUGACUCCAGAUAGUUUUAGUGAUGGGGGGAAUUUCCAGUCUGUGGAGUCUGCUGUUUCUCAGGCUCGGUUAAUGAUAUCUGAGGGUGCUGACAUAAUUGAUAUUGGUGCUCAGUCUACUCGGCCAAUGGCAUCGAGGAUCUCUGUUGAAGAAGAAUUAGGUAGAUUAAUCCCUGUCCUGGAAGCUGUAAUGUCGAUACCUGAGGUAGAAGGAAAACUCAUAUCGGUGGAUACUUUCUACUCAGAAGUUGCAUUAGAAGCAGUGGGCAGAGGGGCUCAUCUUAUAAACGAUGUAUCUGCCGGGAAGUUAGAUACAAAUAUGUUUAAGGUCAUGGCAGAUCUUGAUGUUCCUUAUGUUGCAAUGCAUAUGAGGGGUGAUCCGUGUACAAUGCAGAAUAGUGAAAACCUGAAAUAUGAUAAUGUGUGCAAGGAUAUAUCCUCGGAAUUAUACUCGCGUGUUAAAGAGGCCGAAAUCUCGGGAAUCCCAGCAUGGAGGAUUAUUAUGGACCCUGGAAUUGGAUUCUCAAAGAAAACUGAAGACAAUUUAGAGGUCCUCACAGGAAUACCUGAUAUCAGAGCAGAGAUUUCAAAAAGAAGUUUGGCCAUCUCCCAUGCUCCUAUACUAAUUGGACCUUCAAGAAAGAGAUUUUUAGGUGAUAUUUGCUCUCGCCCUUCUGCAGUUGACAGGGAUCCUGCUACCAUUGCUUCUGUCACAGCUGGUGUGUUGUCUGGGGCAAAUAUUGUUCGAGUGCAUAAUGUCAAAGAUAAUCUAGAUGCCGUGAAGCUUUGCAAUGCAAUUCAAAGACAGAGAAGUUCUCGCAUGAAAUUUUGACAGUGAAUUUGUCUUGCUAUGACGGUUUUGGUAUUUGGCUUCAUGCAACAGUUCUAUUGUUGUUCUUUACUAUAUCUCACUGCUGCUCCAAUGUCAUGUAUAGAACACUGUAACACUGCCGCUGCGAAAGCAAAGAAGCAUGAAAGUACAUGAGUUGAAGGACAUGCAGACUGCGAACAAAGUUGACAUUAUGUGUCAUUCAAUAUUCAACAUGCUAUUAUUGAAUUUAUGCUUGCCUUGCCAACAUUUUGUAACUUAUUGAUUUAAAAAAAUUUGUCAUGUAAAUCACAUAAUGCAAGUUUUUUUUUUUUUUUUUUAUAAUCAUAAUGCAAGUUUUUUUUCUUGCAAUGUUAAAUUUAA